UCGACCGUGGGCUGUCAUUCAAAUGAUUGUUGUUUAUUUAAAAAUGAAACUUUUGAAAAUAGGUUUAAUCAAUCGAUUACCCAAAAGAAAUUUGUGGAAUUUUCUGACCAUUGUUUGGAAUCGAGUGGACCACUCCCGUGUCAAGGAGGUGGGUCCGGACCGGGCGUGUGCCGAGUGGCUGCUCCGCAAUGGCGCCUGUGUCAAGUGGGAGAACGACAAGGAAUUCCUCAAGGACUACAACCUGCUGCCACCGGAACAAGUCAGACGUCACAUAGUUGCGGUGGAUGCCUCUGAAGCGUCCAUCUCUUCUAUUGGAUUCCCAUAUUUCAAGGGCUGCAGUCGCGUGGGGUCUGUCAGCCUGGACAAGUGCCCCUACAUCGACGACGAGGCCUUGAGGCGCCUGCACUACCUGGGGGCCAGCCUCCGGCACCUGUCCGUCUCCCGGUGCGGGGGCGUCGCAGAGCCCGGGAUCCUCAGCCUGGCCCAGCUGGGGUGGGUCACACCAUCGCUGCACCAAACACUCGUUCCCGGCAGAAUGUUGUCUCUCGGGCGAGGACACGACGUACACGUUUCCAGUUGGACAAUUGUCAACAGGAAUGUAAUUCGGGAUUCUUUUCAAGAUUGUUCAAAUCUGCUUGAACACAUUACCUUUGAUAAAGAACAAGACGUAUGGCAAAGGUCUACUUAUACCAAACAAUUUAAAGAUUAAUACCUUCAUCAGAUUUUAAGCUUUUGUUCAUUCUGAUAUUCACCCCCUCAACGUGCAUGUGUAUGAUGCCAAUUUUUUUGUGCUUAUUGAGAUUUCAUGUAAAUUAAUUAACAUUAUAUGCUGUUACGUGAAGCUUUUUGUUUUGUCAAAAAUAAGUGGUUUUUGAAUCUAUAUAACCUUGUCACUGGAAAGUUACGUACUCAAUGAUGAUUUUGCCCCAUUUAGUGAAGUUAGUGACUGGGCUAUUAAUUAUUCUCACUACUUGCUUGAAGCAGUUUAAUUUCUUAACAGUUAAGACAAUUUUUUUUGCAUAGAAGAGUUAACAAAACAAAAUUGGUGACAUUCUUGCUACUGCAUUUCAUAUGGUAUUUGUACAAAUGCAUAUUCUGUUAUUUACCCGUCGUCUGGAUGUAAUGAUGUUGCAUGAGGUUUGCGAUGGAAGCCAAGCUCAGAAGUGUUGUCUGUGUCCCCAGCAAGCUGGAGACCUUGAAGCUACACGACCUCCCGUACGUGAAGCGCGGGAACGAGUGCCUGACCAAGCUGAAGCAGAGUCUGCCGUCCUGCGAGGUGCAGUUCUCCCUGAUACAGAUGGAGCCGUAGUCCGCCCUCACCGCGCUUGUACCAUACUGACGUCCCACGAUUGAAAUAACUCUAAUUUUCUGGAAUUUUUAAAUAUGUCAAAUGUUGUAUAUAUGUAAUGUUUGGUUUGAUGUACAAAUAGAAAUUACAUUUAAAAUUGUGUAGAACAAUUUUUUAUGAUAAACAAUAAGUUAUGCUUAAUUUAUUGAAUAAAGAAAAAAAUUCAAAUGAAAAA